GGCUGCGCAUGCGCUUUGGCGGCUCCCGGCGCCAUUGCGGCUCCUGACGGCCCGGCCAUGGCCACCGACUCCUGGGCAUUGGCCGUGGACGAGCAGGAGGCGGCGGCCGAGUCGUUGAGCAGUUUACACCUGAAGGAGGAGAAAACCAAACCAGACGCCAACGGUGCUGUUGUCAAGGCUGAUGACAACGUAGAAAAGAUAGAGGAUGAGGAGAAGGAGGACAGGGCUGCCCAGUCCUUGCUGAACAAGCUGAUCCGCAGCAACCUGGUGGACACAACCAACCAAGUGGAAGUGCUGCAGAGGGACCCCACAUCCCCCCUCUACUCUGUCAAGACUUUUGAGGAGCUGCGACUGAAACCACAGCUCCUGCAAGGAGUCUAUGCCAUGGGCUUCAACAGACCAUCUAAGAUACAAGAAAAUGCCCUGCCCAUGAUGCUUGCUGAACCCCCUCAGAACUUGAUUGCACAGUCUCAGUCCGGGACUGGCAAGACAGCUGCCUUUGUCCUGGCCAUGCUCAGCCGUGUCGAACCUGGGAACAAGUAUCCACAGUGUUUGUGCCUUUCCCCAACAUACGAGCUGGCACUUCAGACAGGAAAAGUGAUUGAGCAGAUGGGAAAGUUUUAUCCAGAGCUGAAACUUGCCUAUGCUGUGCGAGGCAAUAAAUUGGAGAGAGGGCAGAAAAUCUCUGAGCAGAUUGUCAUUGGCACACCUGGCACGGUGCUGGACUGGUGUUCCAAACUGAAAUUCAUAGAUCCCAAGAAAAUCAAAGUGUUUGUCCUGGAUGAGGCUGAUGUGAUGAUAGCAACCCAGGGCCACCAGGACCAGAGCAUCCGCAUUCAGAGAAUGCUCCCCAAGGACUGCCAGAUGCUUCUGUUUUCAGCCACUUUUGAAGAUUCUGUGUGGAAGUUUGCUCAAAAAGUUGUUCCUGAUCCAAACAUUAUCAAACUGAAGCGUGAGGAGGAGACACUGGACACUAUUAAGCAGUAUUACGUUCUGUGCAGUAACAGAGAUGAGAAGUUCCAGGCUCUCUGUAACAUCUACGGUGCUAUUACCAUUGCCCAGGCCAUGAUCUUCUGCCAUACUCGGAAGACGGCUGGCUGGCUGGCAGGAGAGCUGUCCAAGGAAGGCCAUCAGGUGGCAUUGCUCAGUGGGGAGAUGAUGGUGGAACAGAGAGCUGCUGUGAUCGAGCGUUUCCGAGAGGGCAAAGAAAAGGUGCUGGUGACCACAAACGUCUGUGCCAGAGGGAUUGAUGUAGAGCAGGUGUCUGUUGUCAUCAAUUUUGACCUUCCUGUGGAUAAAGAUGGAAAUCCAGAUAAUGAGACUUAUCUGCACAGGAUUGGACGUACAGGUCGCUUUGGCAAGCGAGGACUGGCUAUUAACAUGGUGGACAGCAAGCACAGCAUGAAUAUUCUCAACAGAAUCCAGGAGCAUUUCAACAAAAAGAUAAACAAAUUGGAUACUGAUGACUUGGAUGAAAUUGAGAAGAUUGCUAACUGAAGUCCAGCUGCUGGAACUGGUGUGUACCCUGCUGUGGAAGCUCUCCCACUACAAUUGGAUCAGUGUUCAGAUUGGCACACUUCUCAGCUGCUCCCGAAAAGGACUCUUAAGAUAUAAGUACACAAAAAUUACCUCAUUUUACGAAUUGCAGUUGGACUUCAAAUUGUGCAACUUGGGGGAAGAAGAGGAAAUGUUUACAGGAGCUUUUGACAUUUCUUAGCUUAGCCUUAAAAUGGGAAGAUCUUUUUGAAUUCUAAGAAAUAUACCUGCCAAAAAAAGAAAAAAAAAAAAAGGCAAUAUGUAAUUACCUAAAACAAAUUUUAAAUUAAGGGAAAAAAGCUUUAUUGGCUUUAAUUGGUUUCAAGUUCAACCUGAUGAGUUAAAAUGCAUCAGUCUAAUAUAUAAUGGACAUAAGUAAAGUAAAAAAACAAAACAAAACCAAGGCAGCUGGUUUUUGGCUAAAAACUCAACUUGUACAAAAUAGGAUGUCAUUCUCUCCGGCGCUCCCCUGAGCUCUUUAAGACUCAUUUCUGGCUUCCUCAUGGAUUUGCCCUGCUUUUCCUUACGUAAAUUGUCCUGAGGAUGUCUCCAGUAGCUCAUACUUGCAGACACAGGUGCUAUGUUGCUUUUGCUGGGCAGUAUUUUCUUUUCCUUUAUCCUUGGUUUGUUAGAACGGCCAUGCUAUGUGAGGUUGUGCCAGUGCUUUAGUAACAUACUCUAGAAAUUCAGAUGAAGUGUUUUAACUUUGCCAAGGGGUAGGUGGGUGGAGAGAGAGGGGCAAAAUGAAGGGAGCAGUACUAAUUAGUUAUCUGAAUGAAUUCACCUCCAUAAAAUGCUGUUGGAGUUGGGGGGUGGGUCACCUUGAGGCAGGUGGUACCAGUUCUAAGAUGCUGCUGUGAAGCACCAUGUGAAUAAUGCAGGGGACUGCUAAGCUUGACCCAUCAGUAAUAGGUAUGAAUUAGAAAUCAUGAUAGCUUGUAUUUACCAAAAAAAAAAAACCCACAAUACAUCUAGAACACCAAAUUUCCCUGUUAGAGGAUAUUUCAGUGCCAGAGUUUUGAGUUAAACUGCUCAGCCAAAUGGCAGCCAGGGAGCACUCAAUUUCCAUUGUGCUGGUAGUGCAAAACAGGUCACCAGUCCUUCCCCCAGGGGUGAUCCUUGCCAGAGGAGGAAUGACUUGGAGGAGGAAUGAUUUAGGAGAAGGAAUGAUUUGGAGGAGGAAGGAUUUGCAACUUCUGUGCUUGGGCUUUUCGUUGUGUUGGGACCAUUCUCAUGCACACAGCUGAAAGCCUGUGGGUUGUUCCCCCAGCCCGGUUUCCAGAAGGAUGCUCCUGAACUUUAGAACUUCAGGAUGCACAGCUCUUUUUUGGGGGGAAAAUGGGACAUGUGUGAGCAGCCAUUGGCCUGCCACUCAGUGCAGGAAUCACUUCAAAAUAAAUGUAUAAAUUGUAAAUUUAAACUAGGGAUUUUCUUUGCAAUUUUGGCCGUCACAUUCUGUUCAAAGACAGGAACAUGGAUCCUUUUACCAAGUAAAAAAAGGCUCAUUUAAAGUGUACCUAAAAUUUUAGGAAAUUGUGCACCCUUUUAUUGAUUUGUAUAAAGGCUUUAGUGGAAAAAAAAACUGUUAAAAUUAAAAGUUUUUGUAUUCUGGGGUGUAUCUAUUUUUAUUCUGUUGGAAACCUAUUUAAAGUGGCAGGUGAGUGAGUGCUUGCGUGUUGAGUGGAAGACUUGUUCCAAUCACCUACUUUCAUAGUACAGCUGAAUGACCUCAUGACAGCAGAGUGCUGGGUUGGGUUGUCAAGAAACCUGCUGCUGGUCCUGUGUGCUGUUUCUAUUGUACUUUUAAUUGGAAUAAAGAACAUGUACUUAA